AUGCUCGUCCGUAUCCUCCGCACUACCCUCUUCGCCCGCAGCUUUGCGACGACCUCGGUCGCCCGCUCCGACUUUGGCUCCUUUGGCCGGCCUGGUCCCCUCCCCCUGCCGCCCAAGGAGCAGGCCGAGAUGGAGGAGCUCAUUCGCCAGAACCAGGUCGCGCCGACGGCCGACCCCCUGACCGAGGCCGAGUUUGAGGCCGCCGCCGAGGAGCUCGAGCACCGCGACCUCCGCAAGGGCCCCAAGCCCGAGUUUGAGGGAGACGUCAACCCGAAGACGGGCGAGAUCGGAGGUCCGAAGCAGGACCCGUUCAUUGCCGGCGACGCUGACUGGCAGUUCGGCGGAAGGGCGACGGUAAGCUGA